CCACUUCCCUUCCCUUUAAAACAAAAUUCUCCAUUGAGCUGUCAUGUUUGUCAACUGCAUAACACCAGAUGCUGUCAAGGAGCUGGCCCGCCUGCUCAAGCAGCAUGGCCUCAUACCCGACGUUUUGUCCUGCCAGCCGCAGCAGGUCAUCGAUUUGCGCUAUCGCUGCCGCACCGAUGUGCAUCCGGGCAUUGAGCUGACGCCCACGCUGGUGCGUCAUCAGCCCAUCAUACGCUGGCUGGCGGAUCCGCGUGUCUACCAUACGCUGGCCAUGAUCGAUCCGGAUGCGCCCAGUCGCAAGCAUCCCAAGUAUCGCUGCUGGCUGCACUGGCUCGUGGGCAAUGUACCAGGCUGUGAUGUUGUGCGCGGUGAGCAGCUCUUCGGCUACAUUGGCAGUCGCCCGCCUGUGGCCACUGGCGCGCAUCGUUAUCUCUUUGUGGUCUUCAAGCAGUACUGCCAGCUGGACUUUGACGAGGACUCUGUCAGCAGCUGCAGCUACGAGGGUCGUCCCAGUUUCAACAUCAAGCGCUUUGCCAAGAAAUACGCACUGGGCAAUCCCAUUGCGGCCACAUUCUUUUUAGCCAGCUGGGAGCAAACUGAUUUCUACUAAAUAAAUUGCAUAGUUAU